UUUCAAAACUUCUAAUUCUAAAAAGCAACUUUUAUUAACAACCCUGCCCGUUAGUGGUACGUACAUAUCCACUCAACGGUAGUGCCCAUUAGUAGUAUGUACAUUUGCAUGCAUGUAUCACAGACGUGUAUUAACAUAAUUUUAAAUUUAAUUAUCAAUCAAUAAUUUAAAUGAUUAUUAGUUGAUCAUUGGUCCUUAAUGAUUACAUUAAAGUAAGGCUGACAACCUUGUAUGACGUAAGCAUGUCUAUUGAUGGAGUACAGGGAUCACUAAAAGAAGCAUUGCUUGAAUCACUUCACAGAAUUCUUGUAACUGAUCGAGAAAGUCGACAGGCAGCUGAACAGCGUUUGGCUGCUUUAGAAGUGACAGAAGAAUUUGGGAUUCAUCUUACAGAAUUUGUAGUAGAUCCUAAUGGUCUCCUUGCUAUAAGACAAUUAUCAUCAGUGUUAUUAAAACAGUAUGUAGAAAGUCAUUGGACACCUUUGGCAGAAAAAUUUCGCCCUCCUGAACUAAAAUUACAUGUCAAAGAAAAAAUUAAAAUUAUACUGCCUGUUGGCUUGCGAGAUCCGAUAAGUAAAGUUAGGACUGCAGUUGCCUAUGCAAUAUCCAGAAUAGCUCAUUGGGAGUGGCCAGAAAAUUGGCCUGGACUAUUUAAUAUACUUGUAAGUUGUUUAAGUGGAGAAAACCAAUAUGCUGUUCAUGGAGCUAUGCGAGUUUUGACUGAGUUUGCAAGAGACUUGACUGAUACACACUUACCUAAUGUUGGCCCAAUCAUCUUGCAAGAAAUGUACAAGAUUAUGCAAAAUGAUGAACAAUAUUCUUUAAGAACUCGAGGAAGAGCAGUUGAGAUAUUUACAACAAUAUCAAGUUUAGUUGCCGAAAGUGACAUCCAUCAUAAAGGUUUUAUUGAACUGUAUUUGGAACCAGUUAUACCUAUGUUUUGUGAAAAAUUUGUAAAGUGUCUAGAAAUGCCUGAUGGUCCAACAAGUGAUAGCAACCUCAAAACUGAAAUCGUAAAAUCUAUAAAUUGUUUGAUUUUAAAAUUGUCAAAACAUAUGACAACAAUCGUACCACGAAUUCUUUCGUCUGUAUGGACUUCUUUGACUCAAUGUGCUAAGAUAUACCAAGAAAAAGUCCUCAAUGAAGACGAAAAUCCUGAUAAUAUCGAAAUUGAUUCUGAUGGUGAAAUCAUUGAUUGUAACAAUCUUGUUAUAGCUAUUUUCGAUUUUAUCAGUUUAUUAAUAGAUCGCAAAAAGUAUUCUCAUUUUUUAAACGACUUGCUUACUGAUAUUAUGUACAAUAUUGUUUUAUUCCUACAAGUCACUCAAGAUCAAAUUGAAAUAUGGACAAAUAAUCCAAAUCAAUUCAUUGAGGAUGACGAUGAGUUGGGUGUAUACAAUGUUCGAAUGUCAGCACAAGAACUUCUUCAGACUCUUUUAUCCUAUUCAGAUGACGUCACUGUGAAUGCUUUGUGUAAUGCUAUUGCAAAGCAUAUUGAAGCAGCGAAUAACUCACAAUCAAAUAAUCAUAUUACCAAAGAUGUUAAAUAUUUCUGGAAGAUAUAUGAAGCAUGUAUUCUAGCUCUUAAUAUAGCUAAAUCCAAUGUAGUAGAGCAACAGCAUUCGGGAAAGCUUCAGUUUGAUAUUAUAAGGUUCCUUGAUAGUGUUGUUUUAUCAACUCUUAAUAAUUCUGGAGCUCAUCCAUUACUUUUAGCAAGAUGCUUGUGUAUGGGUGGACUUUAUGCUAAGGAUCUACCUCUUGAAAUGAAUUCUAAAUUUUUAGAAGCGACUAUUAAUGGUUUAAAAGAAACUCAACCAUCAUGUAUUCGUAUUAGCUCAAUAAAAUCAAUAUACUGGUUUUGUCAUGCAGCUUCUAUUCAAGAUACAGCUUUUUUAAAUAUUAUUCAUCCACAGCUAUCAACUAUUUUUCAAGAACUACUUAUUUUAUCUAAUCAACCCUCGAAAGAAAUACUAACGCUUGUUGUAAAUGCAUUCUCUGUAUUAGUCUCGCUUGAUAAAAGUUUUACAGCUUCUAUUGGAAAUAAAUUAUGUCCUUUGAUAAUCGCGAUAUUUAUCAAGCUCCACAGCGACCCGGAAAUUUUCUCGACGUGUAAAGAUGUUUUUAAAGAACUAAGUAAAAAUCCUGAUUGCGUAGGUCUCCUUCAAGUACACUUAGUUCCUACAUUAAUUAAUAUGAUGACUAUUACACAAGCAGACAUAUCUAAAGACGAGAAGUUAAAAUUUGCAGAAGGAACAAGAGGUGUGGCGUUAGACGUUUUGGAAGUUUUGGUGCGAUAUUCUCCUAAGCCUUUAAGCAAUCUUCUAAUGAACUCAGCAUUUCCAGUAGCUUGUCACUGUAUCCUUAAGUCUGUUGACAACAAUACACUACAAAAUGGUGGAGAAGUCAUUCGCACAUAUUUAUCUGUUUCUGCUCACCAAGUUAUAGAACAUCAGGAUAGUCAAGGUAUUACUGGCUUACAGUUAAUCUUACAAAUCAUCGCUCAAUUGCUGAAUCCGCAGUCCAGUGAAUUUACGGCAGUAUUUAUUGGAAAGCUCGUAACGACUUUAAUUCAAAAAGCAGGAAGUUCUUUAGGUGAAAAUAUUGAUUUGUUACUUAAAGCGGUACUGAGUAAAAUGCAACGCACUGAAACUCCAACUGUGAUGCAGAGUUUGUUGAUGAUAUACGUCCAUCUUAUUAACUAUGAGUUUGAUGCUGUAUUAAAUUUUUUAUCAACAGUUCCUGGUCCUUCCGGAGAAAGUGCUCUUGUCUUUGUUCUAACACAGUGGAUGAAUAAACAACAAUUUUUUUUUGGUCAUUACGAUCACAAAGUAGCUACUGUAGCUCUAUGCAAAAUAUUAGAAUAUGGAGUUACACAUGAUGAUAGUAGAUUGAAUAAUGUCACCGUUGAAGGAGAUUUAAUUUAUUCAGAACACGAGUCAAAUACUGUUAGAACCAGAGGCAAAACUAAGUGCAAACCAAUGCAAUGGACAAAAGUUCCAGUGUUAGUUAAAAUUUUCAAACUCAUUGUGUAUGAACUGGAAAAUUUUCUCGAAGCUGCUUUUGCAGAAGAUAAUACAGAAUCUGAUGAUGAAGAAUGUUCAUCUAUUCAUGCAGAAAACCAUUCGAACUGUCUACUUAUAAAUGAUUAUGAUACUGAAGAUGAUGAAGAACAAGAUCUUGAUAUCCAACAAGAUUCAAUUUACCAUUUAAACUUGGGACAGUACUUGAGUGAUUUUUUAAAAAAUUUCUCAACACACCAAGACUUUUCAAUAUUUAUUCAACAUUUGAAUCCUUCUGAACGAAAAAUAUUAAACAAAAUAAACAUUUUUUUGUAAUGUUUUUACGAAGUUAACACAUGUGUCCAUUUAUUGAGAAGCGGCUUUUAUUCAUCUACAUUGUACAUGUCUCGAAUAUAAAGUAGUAAUUAAAAAAUUUAAUUUGAAUAACA